UGCUCUGUUUCUCCGCAUUCUGCGUCGCCGACGUCCAGUAAAAAUUCCCCAGCUCCACCCCGCCCCACGCCCGCCGUCUGCCGCGUAGGAUCUCCCGCUCUCUCUUCCAGCGACGGGAGCAAGAGGGUGGCGCCGAGGGAUCCUUGGUCUGAUCGUUCUUCUCGGGCUCCAGCCGUCCGGAUCUGACUCGACUCGUCGACCCCGGUAACAACACCUUCCCCGCCUCCCGGAAUCCCGAAUCGUGGGUGGCUGCAGUGUUGGUUAGAAAAAUCGGCAGCUAUUUGGAUAUGGUGACAGAAACCUCAUGGGAGUGCAGCGAUCUCAGCGACGCUAUUAAUAUUAUUGGAAGGGAGCGACGUCCGGCGCCGCUAGCUCGACGUGAUGUGAUUGAGGAUAGUGGUAGUGAUAGUGAUAGUGAUAGUGAUAGUGAUAGUGAUAAUCUCGACAUGAUGGAGAUGGGAAGAAGAAGAACCAUGGAUGCCAAGACAUGGAGAAAAACAGCACGAGAGUUUGAGUCUGAUUUCGCCCGAGUGGACUUCAGAAUCCAUAGAUUCCCCACGAGCCUACGAGACCUGGGCUCAAGGUACAUUGUCCCCAAGGUGGUGGCCAUCGGCCCUUACCAUCGAGGCUCGGAGCAUCUCAAGGAGAUGGAGAAGGUGAAGCACGUGGCUGCGUACCACUACAUCUUGGAUUGCCAGGCGAAUCUCAAAGACGGCUUCUCGUAUGAGGCAAUGAAAGCGGGGGUCCUUUCUGUAAUAGAUGAUGCCCGCGGCUUCUACGCCGACGUGACGGCAACAGCGGCUAUCGGUGAUGCUGAGUUUGCGGACAUGUUGUUUCUUGACGGUUGCUUCUUGUUGCAGUAUAUGCGCAUGCUUUACAACCGUAGGCUUUUGUAUUCGUCGUUGCUGUGCUGUUUCGAUUCAAAUCAAGUUUGCAUCAGCAAUGACAUAAUGCUGCUGGAGAACCAGCUGCCAUGGAUGGUGCUGCAGGCCCUCAUGAAGUUCCUAGAUACCGAGAAGACAGUUAUGAAGGGAGUUGCCAGGAUGGGACGCACACUGCAGCUCCGUUGGGGAGAGAGUAAUAACAGAAGAUGUAAAUUGCGUAGCUACGUGCCGCCACAUCUCCUUGGCCUCCUCCGGUUCUACAAAACAGGAUGCAAGACUAUUGAACCAGGACAGUCCAUAUUUGAUGAAGCUAUCAGGCGGCCAGUUUCAAAAACUGUUAGUGCUGCCGAGCUUGCAGAGAUGGGCAUAACAAUCACAACUAGCAAGACAAGAGAGCUCGGGGACAUGGGUAUCAGGAAAAGACCCCUCUUCAGUCAGAUCUUCGUGGCGCCACUAUUGUUGGACGAAAUGAGGUCAUGCUGGCUCGUCAACAUGGCGGCUUUCGAGGUAUGCAUCGCUACAGACUUUUUGAGCUCCACUGAAAUGCCGGUCGUCUGCUCUUACCUUGCUGUCCUCGCAAUGCUCAUGGAUCGAGAGGAGGACGUGCACAGGCUGCGAUCAAAGCAUGUCGUGCAAGGAGAACUCACCAACAAGCAAACGCUUGACUUCUUCAAGAGCCUCAUCAAGCACAUUAGUGGCGGCCCACUCUACAUUGAACUCUUGGAAGAUAUAGAGGAAUACAGGGCCAAGAGGUGGAUGUGGAUCAAGGUGCACAAGUUUGUUUACAGAAACUACAAAACCAUCGCUGCACUGCUCUCCUGUUAGAAUUAAUGGGCUAGGCCCAUAGCAAUUUCUGAAAUCUCAAAGCCCAUGUGCAAAAUGGCAAGUGGUGGUGCUAAGUUUAGUCCCACCUUGGAAGUUGAAGAAGAGUUGGACCUCUUUAUAUAGUGGGCUCUCUCCACCACUCUAAGUGGUGUGUGAGAAGAGAAAGGGAA